CCGAGAGGGUAGAUAGGGUUUCAAAUUGCAAUCAGGAGGGACAGGGAACCAAACUAUCAGGCGUCACGAAACACUCCAGCAGCGUAUCGACUUGGGUACUACGGGUGGACAUGCUGAGGGUACGGCAUUCCGUUGCCUGAAUUACAGACUUGCUCGCGCGCACAAGCACACGCACGCACUCGAGGCACCAUGGCCAAUCAAGGCCCGCUUUUUGGGCUUCACAGAGAUUGUUGCUUAAAGGCCAGAGAGAAGUUCGACCUGCCCAGCUCUGUGACAGCACUUAAGUGGAUGGAGGCCGUGAUGGACAGAAGACUGGCUCCUGACAGAGAUGUCUCCAACAUCAAGACGGAGCAGGACGUGGCCAGCCUGCUGAGGGACGGCACGGCCUUGUGUGAAUUGAUGAACAAAAUUAGUCCGGGAUCAGUUGGCAAGUACCACAGACGACCGUCCGCUUUCCAGCAGAUGGAGAAUGUGGAGCUGUUCCUCAAGGCCUGUGUACAGUACGGCAUGGACAAGAUCGACACUUUCCAAGUCAAAGAACUUUAUGAAGCUCGCGCCAUAUAUCUGGUAAUCAACUGCCUUUACGCAUUGGGUUCAUUGGCGCAACAGAACGGCUUCCGGGGCCCCAAGCUCGGGGUCAAGCUGGCCUCCCGGAACCAGCGUCAGUUUAGCGAGGAGCAGAAACAGGAUGCCAGACGCAGCAUCAGCCGCCAGAACAGCGGGCCCCCUGGUGGGCCCACCCAGGCCCGCAUGACACCCUACGGCAUGUCCCGUCAGAUCCUCAUGUCCGGUGACUCCCUGAGCGACGUGGCCACGUCCAGCCAUGCAGUCAUUGGCCUGCAGUACGGCUCCAACCAGGUAGCAUCACAGGCAGGGAUGACGGCAUACGGGAUGCCCCGCCAGAUUUCCACAUCCAGCCUGAGCAGCGACGACACCAUCAACGGGAGUCCCAGUCCCAGAGCGAAAGGGGAGGCAAUCAUCGGCCUGCAGUACGGUUCCAACAGAGUUGCGUCCCAGUCCAGGAUGACAGCCUACGGUAUGCCGCGCCAGAUAGUGUCGUCCACGUCAUCAGAUUUCCUCCCGUCUUCUAAGGCCGAUGACGAUCCUUCUCGCAAUGGCGAUGAUUCCGUGUUCACCAGCUUGGACAAAACCCUGUAGACUCUAGUGUUCUUUUUUUUUUCUUCUAAAUU